CUGCGCGCGAGGAGGGGCAGGAAGACGACGUCACGUCACGCUCGCGGCCUGUCGUCCAACGCGGAAGAGACGACGGAGGAGAGGAGCCUCCACGUCAGAGAGGUGUGCUACUGGCGUCAGCGCCACACGGGGUGCUCCUCGCUGUCACUGCGGCCGCACGCAGCCUCCUCCCGUCGGUUACCGCGACCACGAAGCGGAGGGACCACCGGCCGCUUCUCCGCCCGAGCGGCCUCGCUGCGGACGCCGCGGCCCCGCUGAAGACUGCGUCUAAAUGGGUGAAUCAGGCACGCGCCGCUCCACCCUGGUGUCCCGCCUGCCCAUCUUCCGCCGCAGCAGCAGCAAGCGGCAGGAGUCUGUUCCCUCCUCUCCGUCCUCGGGCGGAGUGGGCAACGGCGUCCACACCUCCUCGCCCUCCAGCACCAACUCCAGCUCUGGCAGCACCGGGAAGCGCCGGAGCCUCUUCCGCGCUCCGUCCCUCAGUUUCGCGGCCAAGCGGAACAGCGACCCCCGCGUCCAGCCCAUCAACCUGAACCUCACGCCGCCGCUGCCGCAGGGCACCGACGCCAAUGGGAACAGCCAGCCGCCAUCCGCGGGGUUCGGCGACGGCGCCGGACGCUCCAAGUCGCGCCACUCCUUCGGGUUCGGCAGCCACAGGCAAAAGAAAAUCACGCGCUCUCAGACUGAGGAUUUUGACAAGGGGUCCUCAUCCUCCUCCACAGCCAAUCGGAACGUGUUCAUAAACUGCAUCAGCAGCUCCGGGGCCAAUGAGGGCGACGACUCGGGCUUCCUCGACGACUACAGCGGCGGCAGCAGCCGCAGCAAGCGGUCGUCGCGCCAGAAGAAGUUGCUGCCGAAAUCCUUUUCGGCUCAUCACCGCUUCUCGCGGACCUCCGACCACCACAGGCCUCCAGAAGUGAACCUGGAACCCCCAAGCUCCACCACAAUCACUCCUGGAGCGGGAGGCCUCACGCCGGGGUCGUGGCCCGGUGAGCUGCUCGGUGCAGGUUGCGAGAGCUCCCUCCAGUCGCCUAUGAUAUCAGAGGACCGGACCACAGCCAUCACCCCGUCAGAGUUCGUCCCCAUCACUGAGGACUCUGUGUCUGAGGUGGAUGCUCUGCCGGCCCCCAGCCCUGGAUCUGGGUUAGCUGCUGGACUUGACCCUGCCGUAGCCCCCGCCGCCGUACCCGCUCCCGCUCCUGACCCAGCUCCUCCUGACGACCCUCCUGCUCCAGAGCCAUGCAGCUCGGCUGUGUCUACCUCCCAGGCUCUCCUCGCUCCCGUGGAGUCCGCUGCUGAGAAACCUCCGCUCCCUGACAGCAGCGCGGCCAACAACACGGACUGCGAGACCGCCGUCUCCCUCUCGGAGCCAGAGACCGCCGUGCCCUGCCUGCCGCUGCAGGAACAAUCGGUGGAAGAGAGGAAGGAGAGGGAGGAGGAGCGAAAGGAAGCCAGGGUGGUGGUGUCGGCGCGGGAAAGGAAGGAGCCGGCGCAGGACCGGAAGUCGGGUUACAACACGGAGACCACGAGCGAGAGCGAGGCCUGCGCGGCGCGCAGCGAGGGCUGCCGCUCCAACCCGGAGCAGUCGGAGAGGAGGCCCAGAACCACGCGCUCCUUUCAAGAGAGAGGGAGCUUCUGUGGCUGCCACGAGCCCCGGUCCUCCUACCUGAGGAAACCACAUGCAGCCUCUCUGUGUAGCAGCGUCAGCCCCUAUCAUGAAGUGAUGCGGAUGGAGAGGCGUCUGCGCUCCUCGUCAGAGGGGGCUGGUGGGCCUCGUAUCCAUGGAAACAGCAGAGAUGCCCCAGGCAUGGAGGGAUGUGGUCUGCUGAAACACAGAAACAACUCCUCCUCAUCCAAACUGGGAAGUCUGGAUGUUCUGAAUAACCUGGGGUCGUCUGAGCUGGAUGAAGAUGAUCUCAUGUUAGACCUGGACCUCUCUGAUGAUCAGCGGCAUCGUCAUGUGUCAAGGGAAGACUCCAGCCAGUCCUUGGCCUCCUGUCUCAAUCUGCUCGCCUCGCCCGUGGAGCCAUCAGGCGAUUGCGUCCCAGGGAAAGACAACCUUCAGAGGGAGCCCAGCCGCCCCACCAGCCUGCUGCCGGCCGACUGCGGCCCGGGGCUGGGCUUGGGAAGGGAGGAUGAGUGUUUGCCCCCGGGGUUAGAGGCCCUUCCACUCAGACUGAUGCAGCAGGACUGCACCGCCGUCAAAACCCUCCUGUUGAGACUGAGACGAACGCUGCAAGAGAGCACGGAGACCAGUCCAGCUGGCAGCCUUCACUCCCUACCCAUCAGCCCUUGCAGUGAAAAGUCCCUUCCAUUUAAGGAUCCUGGCAGAGAGGAGGCUCUACUUCAACAGCUGAGAGAGAAAGACGAGCUGAUACUCCGACUCCAGGGCGAACUGGAGAGUGCCAAAGCUGCCCUGAAGAUGAAAGACUGCCAAAUGACUGACCGCACAACGCAGACAGAGCACAUGGGGCCAGAGAUCAAUCAUCCAGGCCGGUGGCCAGGACUAAGCAGCAGCAGCCUGGCUCCAAGGGACCGAAGGGUGGUGCGGGGUGCGGGGGCAGCACUCGGAGGGGACCUCUCUAACCAGCAUCUUCAUCACUACUAUCCACCUCUGCAUGGCCGACCUACUGCAUCGGAGCGGCACAGCCAGCCAGCCACAGGCCGUAACCCAGCUCCAGGCCCGGCCCAACCCCCACCUACCACCCCGGGUCCGGGUCAGAGUCCAAACCAGUUCAGCGCAGGCUCUGGGUCAGCAGCAGCCGAUCACACUGCCAUCCCGGGUCUGUCCCCCAGGCAGACGGAGUGGGUGUCCUCGUCUUCUGAGUCCCUAGCUCCAGGAGUGGGAGGUGGAGCCGUAAAGAGAGUGGGGGGGGAGCACCACCCCCCCAGCCACAUCCCCCGUGCGGUCGGCGCCAGCGCGUCCUCCAGCCUGAUCAGCCUCACGAGCAAAGGCAGCCUCUCCCCGAGCAUCUCGCUGUCUGACCGGGCCUCCCCCCCCUCCCCCGCCCCUUCCGCCGCCUCCUCCUCCUCCUCCACGUCCACGUUUACAGGUCGUCUAGGACAACCGCCGCGGGGCCCCUUGUCUCUGCACAGCUACAGCCGUAAAAACGUCUUCCUCCAACACUCCCUCCACACUGCGGAGCUGCAAGCUCUGACGCAGCGAGACAGUUGAGGGGCGCGCGAGCAGCCUGACCUCUGCCAUCGCCACACGAUUCGCCUCGAACGGGACGCGGCUGCUGCUCCACUGUCUCCAUUCCCCCGAAACGCCAACGGUCGCACUGCUCCCUCCCUCUGCAGAAUGCAGAGCAGUCCUUUCCUGCCGUCCGGGGUUUGGCCGCCCAAACGCACUGGAAAGCGAGGACGCGGACGCAGACACAGACACACAUCAGACUGGGAGCUUGAAAAAGGCACUCACCCGUCGAUCAGAACUCCCACGUUGCGUCAUGCUGACAGUUUAGAUAUGCUUACGCCCACAGACGCACAAAGUGCACACAGAUUCACCACCUCGUAACCCCCCCCCACACACACACACAAACAAAAACACACACACACAGUGUCACAUCUAAACACACAAACAGAGACGUCGUCUGUCAUAUCUCUGCUCCACAUCUGCACAUCGAUCACAGCAUUAAACUAGGACAAAGAGAUUAGGUCUAUAUUUGUGUGUUUGUGUUUAUAAAAUGUAUUUUUAUUCGUUUAUUUUGAGUUUUUUAUCAGUUCAAACCAUGUGCUGCUUAAGGAACUGUGGGACUGAUCAUGUUUUAUGCUGUGAGAAAAUCUUCGCACGUUGCCAAAUCCUGCGUCAGGUCAAAUCUCCAUUCCUUGAUGUCUGUUGACUCCAGUCCCUGACGAGUCGCGUGACGUGUUCAGCUGAGCGUCCACAUCAUGGUCUGCAUGCUUUUUAACUUUUGAGGACAAUGCAGGUGAGCAUUUUUUACUGUAACACAAGUGGGAUUAGGGACUUUUAAAGUUUUAUUAGGUUUCAGUAUCAAGUCUCUCCCGUCAGUGUUUCAGGAAAACAAAACGUUCCAACCUCAACGAUCCUUGAGCCUCUUUAUAGGAUGUUUAAAUAUGAAAUACCCAAUGUCCUGCUCGUUUAAAUAAGACAUUAGACUUGCUCCCAUCUCAACUUUCAAGCUGUGGUUUUGUAGAAAUGCUAUGUCUCCAUGUUACCCGCAUAUUAUACAAUGUUAGAUUAGUAGAGCGCAGAAGCUGGAGUGAAGAGUUUUAUUAUAAAAUCUGACGUGUGAUUAUUCAACUAGAUAUGUGAAAUUCGACACCUGGAAUUACAAUGUUGCUUUUACUGGUAAUUAGCACUUUGCACCACUAAUGAGAUCAAAAUACUUCAGACCAAACAGAGGAUUUGAGACUUGGCACAACUGGAGUUAUUUGAAAUAUAUGUCAGGUUUCCAAUGAAGCUCUUCAGCCCUUUUUUCAGACUGGGUUUUAUACAGGGAUACGUGCUGCUGCUAAAUCAGUGUCAAUGCAGUUAAAUAUUCACAGGGCGUAACAACAGGUCUCCACUCUGAGGACAAAUAUUGCCUAAAAAACUCCAUCAGCUCUUGAGAACGAUUGAUUGAGUGUCGACGGCACUGAGCUUUUCACCCCUCUUUGCAUGUUGGUUAUGGUGUCAGAGCUGCCUCCAUGACUCUGCCCAGACGCCUUCCUUCCAGCCAAGGCCAGAGAGACGUUUUGAGCCUGUCUGUCUGUAAACGGCGGCUAACGGCGUCUGAAGCGAGGGGCCGGUGGCGGUGGAGGAAGCCUCUGCUCUGCUCCUCUUCCCUUCUUUUACUCUACGGCCUCAUUUUCUCUUUCAACUUCAUCCGCGUACUCCUCUUCAGUCUCCUCCUAUUAAUUUCCUUCCGCCGUUGCUCCUGCAUCCAUUUGUGCCGCAUGCAAACCUAGCAGCUGCUUUUGUUCCUCUCCUUCAGCCCAUUGUCCUGCUGGUUUCAUCACACGCUGCCCGUUUGCAUUCCAGCUUUCUAAUCAGGGAGUCAUUUGACAACGGGUGAACGCAGUUAGCGUACGUAACUACCUGGUGGGAUAGAGGAGCAGCCGUAAUGUGUCUCCCGAGGACCUGGAGCGAGAAGCGCAGCUGCGGCGUGAACGGAGCGUCCCCGCCCGGUUUGUUUACAGGUGCAGGCGACGGCGCCUCCUGAGAAUCCCUCCUCGCCUCAUCCCCCGUCACCAUAAUAACGCACCGCGAUGCAGCCGAGGCCGAGUGAACCGUCAUGUGGGACUUCCUUGGCCUCGUCUGCGCUGCCCACUCACAUUUUAUUCCUUCCACCGUGUUUGAAACAGCUGUGCCCGCUUCAGCUGGGUUCAGCGCGCAGGCCCCGGGUCACGUGAGGCCGCACGUGAGGCCGCGGUCGAACUGCCGCGUCGGCCUCUUUCAAAGCUGCGUUCCUGCGCGUCCAGCUGUAAACGGCUGUGGACGAGAGGAAAACGAGCGUCUGUGAUCGUGAAAUGGGCAAAACUGGCAAACCUCAAUUCUUCCUUCUGCUCAGCAGCAGGUUGAGGGUUUCAGACUCCACUGUACAUACGGUUUGUCGGGAGGUUAUUUAUUCUUUCUGCCUUAUUUAUUUGUUUGUACUUUCUUAAAAGCAUCUGGGAGCUAGCAAAUAAAGUCACAAUAAUAAUGACGCUAAUGGAUAGUCGAUAGUCUUAUAAUUUCAUGAAUCGUAGAAUCGUGUCCCAGCUUUUUAAUGUGCGUGGUGAGAUUUUUUUUAUGAUUUGCUGUAAUUAUUACUUUUAAUUGUAAAAACAGAUGUACAUAAGUUAUAAAAGCGUCCAUGUUAACUGUUAAUCAAAAUGAUUUCUAAGAAGGGUCACGUUUUGCUGCACUAAAUAUCGAAGAAUAAAAGCAGUUGGAGGUCUGAGCUAUUACCAAAGGAUUCCACCGGACUCAUGCGACAAGGUCAGGACAUUCCCAGGGUGAACUGUGCAGCUGAAGUCUAAAUAUAUCAGAGGACUGCGUGGACUGACAGCGUGAGCUCCAGACGUGUUGGCCCACGGAUCCAUCAGGGGUCGGAACCGAGCGGUCCUGGAGCUUCAUCUGCUUUGGUUGAACAUCGUUUGCUCAAAGUAUUGUCUCCCUGUUUUCUGUGCCACAGCGUCUCUGUCCCUUCCACACUUGGAUCGUGCCCACUGCCUCCUGAUUGGUAAUGUUUCAUACAAAUAAAACGGAUUAAAAGCG